CACUGAUACACAUAGUCACAUAGGGGAAAUAUUAGGUCUAAAAUGAAUAACACUAGAUUGGAAAGAAGGGGCACCAAACCAAACGCCAUAGCCCAUAGGUGGGAUACAUCUUUGUAAGACUUUCCAAUUCCAAAAGGCAAAAACCCAGUAAAGAAGAUGAGUGAUCUCCAAGUCCAAUCAACUGCGUAGAGCUAAGAAGAAGAAGAAGAAGAAGAAAUCCCCAAAAAUGGAUCUCUCGUCUCAACAUCAACAAGGACAAGAAUACCAAUCUUGGCAAUCGCAAUCGCAAUCGCAAUCAUAUGAUCCAUCAGCCUACAAUCCUCAUCAUCAGCAUCAAUCCUAUUACUACGACUCCUAUUAUUACCAGCAAUACCCAAACGGCUAUGCUUACACUCCCAAUCAAUCGAAUGCCCAUCACCCACGGCAGCUGCACGCCCCGCCGAUUCAUCCGCCGGGUGCAUCUCCCGCCGACUUGUCCGCGCAGGCUCAGGAGAAUGUGUAUCACCCGCCGCCGCAACAGGGAAGUGGGGAUAUCUCUGCGGCUGCGGCGGCGACCUAUCUCACGUCGGGGUUGCAGCAGGGGCAUCGAUGGUAUCCACAGCUCGAUGCCUAUGGGCCCGUCGUUGGUGGUCCGGGUUUGGCUUCGGGACCCGCUCCGAGACCUUAUGGGUUGCCUCCUCUUCCUCCUCCGGCUGCUCAGUCUUUUCACAAGUUUGGCAGUAAAAGGGGAGGCAAGCCGUUGAGAGGUGGUGGUCGGGGGAAACCUUUACGUGGAAGGGGGCGUAAUCAGGGCAGAGGUGGUUCUAGGCUGUUAUCAUCCUUCAACAUCAAUGCUUCAGUUGGCAAGAACACACUUUGCAGCAGACAAGAGGCAGGACCUUCCACUAAUAACCAUGGAAAGGAAGCCAACUCUAACGGGCUGUUGCAGGUAACUGCGUCUAUACAGAACAAUGCAGCUUCUAAUCAGCAAUCCAAAGUUGCUAGGUGUGAAUUAUGCAUGGUUGAUUGCACUAGUUUGGAAGUUCUUGAACAACACAAGCUUGGGAAGCGGCAUCAGAAGAACAUGAAAAAGUUGGAGCCAUUGAAAAACUUCAACGCACCUAUAAGUGAAUCCCUGGAUGGCAAGAAAGUUGCUGAUGGUUCAACUUUGCAGACUGAAAUUCAGGUUGAAGAGAGCAAGCCGAGCCUCUCAGAAACUUUACCGUCUGGAACUGUUCAGCAUGAAGCUGCUGCAAUGGGAAGUGAAGAGCAAAAAGAUGAAGCGGAAAAUCCUAAUGUACCCGUAGAGGCCAAAAUCGAGUCACAAGCAGUGAAGCGUAGGGUGAAUCAGUUCAAUAAUCAAAAGCGUGGAUCAAAGCGUAAAACGCGAGGUGGGAAGCGGAUGAGAAUGUCUGACACACCGAGACCAGAAAGGGAACCUCCCAAACCCAAAGUUGUAAUUCCUCUAGUAUGUGAUUUGUGUAAUGUCAAGUGCGAUACACAGGAAGUUCUUGACCGCCAUCUUUCCGGUAAAAAGCACAUGUCUAAGCGUAAGCACUUUGAAGUUCACCAAGCUAUGUAUGGACCUCUAGGGCUUCAAGUUCUGUACCCCCCUAAUCCAGUCACCCUACAUUCACAGGGUCAUCAACAAGCCCUAUAUGUACCCCAAGCUCCAGAUCCUUCAACAGCAGCAGUGUCUUUGCCCUCUCAAACUCAAAAUGCUGUAUCCUAAGAUUUCAUGUAUUCUUCUUUUUCACCGAAACACAAAUUUUCAAUUGAAAAUGUUACUCUGAGAUUUUGAUCACCAAACUUUUAUUCUAAUGUUAUCAAGCAGGGGUCAGGGACUAACUUCUGCAGUUCCUGUUGAGGUGGAUA